AUGCCCUGCGUCCAGGCUCAGUAUGGAUCUUCACCGCAAGGAGCCAGCCCCGCUUCGCAGAACUACAGCUACAACACCCCCGGAGAGUACAACUGCGACUUUCUGACACCCGAGUUCGUGAAGUUUAGUAUGGACCUAACCAACGCAGAGAUCGUAGCCACUACCUCUCUCCCUGGUUUCAGCACUUUCGUGGACAGCUACAACUCGGGCUACGACGUCAAGCCCCCUUGCCUAUAUCAAAUGUCCCACUCUGGAGAGCAGCUCUCCAUUAAGGUCGAGGACAUACCCGUACACGGUUACCCUCCGCAGCCGCACCAGCCGCAUCAAUCCGAGGAAGGGAUAACUCAUGCCGGACCUGUCUACUACAAACCGUCCUCGCCAAAUAUCCCAGCCCCUCAGAAUUUUCCGGUUCCGACCGGUCACGCUUGGGAGGACACUGGAUCUCAUCACUCCUUUCAUCAGAACUACUUGGCGACAUCUCACAUGGUGGACCACCAACGUAAGAGUGCGGUUUCCCGACUGUUCUCUUUCAAACAGUGUCCGCCCGACACCCCGAUGCCCAGCUGUCAGAUGCGAUUCGACGGAUCACUGCAUGUGACCAUGACUCCAGAGACUCCCGGCGUUCAUCGAGGUUUGGAGGGACAGAACUUCGGUGUUCCGGGCGCUCUUAGGAAACAGCACGCCAUGGGAUUCCCUCACUCCAUUCACGUCGGUCACGGACAUCCCUUAAUGGACGGUCAGGUGUCGUCGCCUACUUCUAGGGGAUCGCCUUCGAGCGAGGGUUUGUGCGCCGUGUGUGGUGAUAACGCUGCUUGUCAGCAUUACGGAGUGCGCACAUGCGAGGGUUGCAAAGGUUUCUUCAAGCGAACGGUGCAGAAAAACGCCAAAUACGUGUGCCUGGCGAACAAAAACUGUCCUGUGGAUAAACGGCGGAGAAACCGAUGCCAAUACUGCCGUUUCCAGAAGUGCCUCGUUGUGGGGAUGGUGAAAGAAGUUGUUAGGACCGCAAGUUUAAAGGGUCGAAGAGGUCGCCUCCCAUCCAAACCCAAGAGUCCCCAGGAUGCGCCGCUGCCCUCGACACCUGUCAAUCUUCUAAGUGCCCUGGUGAGAGCUCACAUCGACUCGAACCCCGCCAUGUCUCGUCUGGACUAUUCCAAGUUUCAGGCGAAUCCCGACUACCAUAGCGGCGGAGAUGACAGCCAACAUAUCCAGCAAUUCUACGAUCUCCUCACUGGAUCGAUGAGCAUCAUACGUGGAUGGGCCGAAAAAAUACCUGGUUUCACGGAUCUGCCCAAAUCAGAUCAGGAACUCCUAUUCGAGUCGGCCUUCCUCGAACUUUUCGUUCUUCGACUGGCAUACAGGUCGAACCCAGCGGAGGACAAACUUAUUUUCUGCAAUGGAGUGGUCUUGCACAAAUUGCAAUGCGUGCGCGGAUUUGGAGUGUGGAUUGACGCUAUUGUGGAGUUUUCCGCAAACCUCCAGAGCAUGAAUGUAGACAUCUCGGCAUUUUCCUGCAUAGCUGCCCUCACCAUGGUAACAGAAAGACACGGACUAAAGGAACCUAAGAGGACAGAAGACCUCCAAAAUAAGAUUGUAAACUGCUUGAAAGAUCAAGUGAUUUGCACUGGAGGAAGCCAGAACUGUCAAUCGCACUUGUCCAAACUGUUGGAGAAGCUUCCGGAACUUCGCACUCUGUGUACACAGGGACUGCAGCGCAUAUUUUACUUGAAACUUGAAGAUUUGGUUCCAACGCCUGCAAUAAUUGACAAACUGUUCCACGACACGUUACCUUUUUAA